CUGGUGCCUGUAGUUUCCUCCCGACACACGUCUGCCGCUUGCUACAUGCUGCCCGACAGACGCUGCGCUCUUUAAAGAUAACGAGCCCUCACUACCCUGCCGUCCGGGAGCUGUCCUGGGAUGCGUGUGUAACUCUGGGAGGUCACCGCUCUCUCUCUGACCCUGAUCUGACCACCAGCUGCCUCAAAAACGGUCUCUGGAUCCAAAUGUCACACCACCUGGACGCUGCCCCGGGCGGGGACCAGCAGUGUGUGACGUUGACGGGCGUGUGGCGAGGAGAGGAGAGAAGGAGGCCCCGGACACGGUAGCUCUCAGCUGCGACUUGGCAUUAAAUUGGCCCAGGCUUGGGCUUUGAGGAGGAGCUGAGACUGUGGAGCCCUGCCAUGGUCUAAUAUAUCAGCAUGGAUGGAGUCAGAGUCAGCUUCAGUCAGAGGACCUGCUCUUCCUAAUGCGACACUCCUUCCUCUUAAAGCUGAGGACUAACCAAUUACAGGGGAUUAAGCCUAACCCUACGGCUUCCUGUUCUACCACCCCGUGAAGAAGUGAACUGAGCAUUAUCAAACUAUUUUAGAGGACGUUCGUUUUUGUCGACUAUUUUGGGGGAUUUACUUCAUCGCCUUCAAUCCUUUUCCCUUUUUAAUAAAUUUUUUGUUGUUGCUUUUUGAGGCCGUUCCUCUCCUUCUGUUUUUCCACUAUGGAGUUUCAUGUCAGGCUGUGGAAUAAAAAUUGGGGGUCAUUUCUGCGUUUCUGGUUGACAGUCCUCCUGAGCCUCAACUUGCACUUCAGCCGCCCCGCAGCCUCGUGCCCGGAGGAGUGCCGCUGCGACAAAACAUUUGUUUACUGCAACGAGCGGAGCCUGACAUCGGUACCUCUGGGGGUGACAGAGGGCUACAAGAUCCUCUACCUCCACAAUAACCAGAUCAACAACGCUGGGUUCCCAUGGGAACUACACAAUGUGGCCUCCGUGGAGACUGUAUUUCUCUACGGCAACCAGCUGGAUGAGUUUCCUCUCAACCUGCCCAAGAACAUCCGGGUGCUCCACCUGCAGGAGAACAACAUCCAGACCAUCUCCAGGGCUGCCUUGGCCCAGCUUCCCCGCCUAGAGGAGCUCCACCUGGAUGAUAACUCCAUCUCUACCGUGGGGGUGGAGGAGGGGGCGUUCCGGGAGGCCGUCAGCCUCAAGCUGCUCUUCCUCACCAAGAACCACCUGAGCAGUGUCCCCAUUGGUCUUCCGGAGGACCUCAAGGAGCUGCGAUUGGACGAGAACCGCAUCGCCGUCAUCGCUGAGGAAGCGUUUCAGAACGUGACGCGGCUCCAACGCCUACUGCUGGAUGGGAACUUGUUGACGGACGAGGGCGUGGCCCCGGGGACGUUCCAGGAGCUGUCCACCCUCCGGGAGCUGGCGCUGGCUCGUAACUCUCUGACGUUCCCCCCACCCCUCCUCCCGACCCAGUCCCUGGUCAAGCUCAGCCUGCAGGAUAAUCAGAUGGACCAUAUUCCAGUGAUGGCCUUCUCUGACCUUCAGAGGCUCGAGAGACUGGAUAUAUCCAACAACCAGUUGCAGACGCUGACACAGGGGGUCUUUGACGGCCUCAUCAGCCUCAGACAGCUCACCGUUCGGAACAACCCGUGGCGCUGUGACUGCACUGUCAAAUGGGUGGUGGUGUGGCUCAAGUCGCUGCCAGGCUCCAUCAACGUGCGCGGGUUCAUGUGCCAGAGCCCUGAGAGGGUGCGCGGCAUGGCAAUCAGAGAACUCACCCUGGAUGCUAUCCAGUGCUCAGGCGGGACAGACCUCCAGCCCGACCUCUGGCCCACCCUGCGCUCUACGCCCCCACACCCCCAACUCCCCACCACCGCCUCCACCACCUUCCUUACCACCGCCAUGACCACUUCCAUCCCCAUCUCCACAUCUUCCUCCUACCUCACAUCGCCCUCCCUUCCCCCUGCCCUGCCUCCCCACCACGCUGGACCCCUGCCCCCUUACGAGGAUCCCUUACGGAUAUCCUUCCACGUGGUCAACGCCUCCUGCAUCGAAGUGAGCUGGGCUUCCUACUUCACCGUUACGGCCUACAAGGUGACCUGGGUCAAGAUGGGCAAGAGCCUAAUGAGCGACGUCAGCCGCGAGAGGACGCUGAGUGGGGACAGGCGGAAGCUAAGCUUGACCAACCUGGAGCCCAAGUCAGUGUACCGGAUCUGUGUGUACGUACUGGACACCCUCAACUCCUACCGCCCAGGCGAGGAUACAAUAUGCUCCGAGGCCAGGACCAAGUCGUCCUCAUCCAACUCCAAUAACAACAAGGCCACAGGGUCAGAGCAAGCCCAACAGGACGCCCACUCCACCCUCCUUUUGGCCGGGGUGAUCGGUGGGGCCGUCCUGGUCGUCCUGGUAAUACUGCUGAGCCUGUUUUGUUGGCACAUGCACAAGAAGAGCCGCUCGGAGUCGUCCAAGUGGAAAUACAACCGGGGCAGGAGAAAAGACGACUACUGCGAGGCAGGGACCAAAAAGGAUAACUCUAUACUGGAAAUGACUGAGACCAGCUUUCAGAUAGUCUCGCUGAACAAUGAGCAACUUUUGAAAGGGGAUUUCAGGAUUCAGCCCAUCUACACACCCAACGGAGGCAUCGGCUUCAGAGACUGCCACCUCAGUGACAAUAGCUUAGCCUACUGCAAGAGCAGCAAUGUUCCCAGCAGCGAGUUCUGCCACACGUGAUGCUUCUCACAGGAUAUUCCCACACCGGUUGUCUGACAGAAAAAGAAAAAAAAACUAGUUAAAUAUACUGUACCAUAUAUAUUUCCAAGUUCUGUCUACGAUGUAAUUUAUACUGUGGACAAUAAUGUGGAAUUCUAUCUGCAAUCUUUUUUAUUCUUAGUAAAAAAGGAAUACAUAUGUUUUUUCUAAUCAGCGGGUUUUAAAUACAGUAAGUGGUUUUUGCUCAAGUAUUGUCUGUACAUAGAAAUUUGUACAAUCACGGCACGCUGGGUUGGUUCUGACAAACGGUGUCCUGUCUGUCAGGUUUUUGGGUUGUUGGGCGCUAUGAGGGCUGGGACUCUUUGCUAACCACAGAAGCAAAAAUAUGGCCUUUGUGCAGAGCCACCCCCUCCCAGAAACACUAGUUAAGAUAACACAGUGGGCUGGGAAAACUAACACUGCUGAUUAGACUGCAGUGGAAAAUAAGCACUGGUGGUAUUUUUUUAAAGAAUCAAAGUGCACUUCCAAAUGCAACCGAGAGUGUAAGCAGCCAUUCAAAUGAGCUUUUUGUGGAAAUCCCAUCAGAGGAAUGGGCACACUUUUCAACACCCCCUUUUGCCCUCACAAGACUAAGUGAACACGUUUGAAUGUGGAAGGGAUGGUAGGGAGACUACCUUAACAGGACUAAGUGAACACUUUUCAAUGUGGUAGGGAUGGGAGGGAAAUAGGUUUGCCUCCAUUGACACAGGAGGUUUUUCCAGUUGUGGCCGCUAGGGGGCAUGUUUUCUCAGUCAGUAUAGAGUAGAGAGAGAGGUAGCGGUAGUCUGAGAUCCCUUACCUCCAGCAUCCUAUGAGUCCAUUACCUCAGAUGCAUUACAUUACUCAUUCUCAAAUGGCAUUGUUUAGAGUAUUAAUGGUCGCGGAGCUACUUAUGGAAUCAUUUAAAAUGCUCAGCUCUGUUGUUCUGCGGCUAAAUGAUACGGAUAUUAUCAUGGCGGAGGUCCAUGAGGUUGUGUUGCGUGUCUUGUCUUUGCCGGGUGGUGUCUGCCGUGAUGAUGAAUGUGUAGGAGAUACACUCACAGAUAUACAUUCCUCUGUCUUUCUUUUGUCCUCCAUUGUUAAGUACUCAAAUGAAAAUUGAGUGAAUCACAAACAAUCAAGGCGUUUAUCUGUUAUCUGCUUUACAAUGUGUUGAUAGAAGGACUUUCCAACUGUAGCAUGUGAUGUGUUUUAUUGUCUACAUGGGAUGGACUAUUCUACUGAUUAAUUGAUUGAUUGGUUCGAGCUACACAUUCAUCAUCAAUUCCAAACAAUGUUGGCUCUCAGAUAGGAAUGUCUGGUGCCACUGAGGAUUCUUUAUCAUGCACUUCUUACUCAGACUUUAUUUGCUUUGACAAGAUUUUAUUUUGCAGACCGAGUUCAAAGAAUCCCCCCCCCCCUCUGCCCCACUCAUAAUCCUCAUCCAUAAAAGGGAGAAAAUAUGCAGACGUUAUUUUUCACUUGGCAGUUCGAAUCACAAGCUGGGAGAGGGAGAAGAGUGAGAGAGAGAGAGGGGAAGGUCAAAUGACAAGAGUUUAACCAUUCACAGGGCACCAAGUCACUGGCUUAAAUACACCGUAAAAACCACUACAUUGCAUUGGUUUGGCUAGAAUUUGAAAGUAUUAAUAGUAAACACCAUUUUAAGGGUGGAACGCUCGUUUUGCGAUCGGGCGUUAAUGGACAAAAUUCUCUGUUGUCUUGUCUCUCUUUGAAUAAUUGCCAUGCCAGUGCAUAUCUGCCGUUAGUAAUAACUCCUUUAGUAGAUCCAGAAAUAGUAGAUAGGGAACUUAUGACGCAAUAGACACUAUAAUGCCAUUAUUCAUGUUGAUGCUUAAGCUUUCAUGUGUGCUUUCAUAGGGUUUUGAGUCAAAUGUAUAUUUAUAAAUCAGAAAUACAUUUGUUUCAUUUAGAAAUAACAGUUGCUCUUCUGUGGUUAUCAAAGUGUCUCCACUUUGUCUACGAACGUACACAUAUCGGUUUAUCACCCUGUGUUAAAGCCCCACCAACGGAAGCUGACCUGAAGUCAGUUUGAUACACAUUAGAAGUUACGUCCAAUAAUCCCCACUGGCGUAAGCUAACCUAAGGUCAGUUUGACACUGCUGCAUGGCAAGUUAUGUAAAACAUCCCACCGACAUUUACUGACCUAAGGUCAGACUGCUACAUGGCCGUAGUGCUUUAACAGGUUAUAUAUCCACUGAACACUUCCUACCUGCCUGUGGCAAAGUCAGCCUGUCUGACAAUAAUCCCACAUAGCAAAGUAUCUUUAUUUUCACUCGUGAUUAGGAUUUAAAUGUAAUGUUAGUCUUUCAGGCCAACCUGUUGCAACACUUCCCCAAAUUAAAGAAUGUUCUAAGAAGUGAUAGAGGUCCAUUUAUUGCCUUACCUUUAUGCAGUACUGUACCGGCUAACUGCACUUAGUUUGUUCAAGGACUUUUUUCAGAGAAGAAGCAAUGUUUAAACUGUGAAAGAGACAAUGACAGUAAUUGAAUAGUUACUGUAUGGAAAGCACAUAUUUUCAUAUUGGUGGGAAAAAAACGACGAGUGACAGACGGCAAUAGACCCAACACAUAGUUAAUAAUGAAAGCCUGUUCAUUCGUAACGACGCCUUGAGUGGUGCUGGGUAAUGAUACAAAGUGACUGACAAGCCUUGUUGUUUAGUUGUGGCAGUACAUUACUCUUAAUUCCCUCCCUCAUUUGAAGAAAGUACACAAAACGCAAUGGCGUGACCAAUGGAAUUAGACCGAACACAUUCGAGAAAGAGGGAGAAAGAGUGAAAGAAAAAGAGAGACUGUAACCUCUGUUUAUUAGUUUCAGGCUUUGAUGGUAAUUUCCUUAAAGCUCAUUCAUUCUCAUUGGAAUAAUUAUGUUAAAUCACUGAGAGGUCGAAUCAAAAUAAGCACCCAAGUGAAUAAAAUUGAAUACAUUUUUUAGUUGUCUUUGUUCAGUUUGACGGCAAAUCCCUCAUGUGAAAUACACCUUGUAGACCAACAUAAAAGUCCUCAGCAAACUAGAAGUCUUCAGCAAUUACACUUUCUGUGUUUUGGAUAAUGAACACUUUCUCUUACAGCUGCUGGGUCGAAUUAAUGGAAUAAUAUGAACAACGACAGGUUAUUUGUUCAUGUAUCAUUUGACAGAAGAAAGUAUGCUGAAAAUUAACAAUGCAUGUCAUUUGGCUUGGGGUUCUCGGCUAAUAUGGCUUUUCAUUUCGACAUUGAGUUGUUUUGACUUUAACAACAUAAACUAAUAUGCUACUUAGGAACCAAAGUUACAUUUCUUUUUUCUCAUGAUAAAAUAUUGUUGUUGUCCCAUGUAUGUGCCUUGAGGUUAACUUACGAUGUAAAGUCCUUGAAACCUUUAAAUGUUUUUGCACAAAAUGUAAAUAUAGAAGUUAAGCUUUUUGCAAAUAAAAGAGCCAUUAUGUGAUAUGUGA